ACUACUGAAUAUAGGGUCCUUGAAUUCAAUCAAUUCACUGGAAAUAUUACAUCGGAUCUUGGAAACCUUUCUCACCUUGAAAGAUUGCAUCUUACUUCUAACAACUUCACUGGAGAACUUCCUGAAACUUUGGCUAAGCUUACAUCAUUGAGAGAGCUCCGUCUUAAUGACAAUAACUUCUCUGGAAGGAUACCCAGUUUUAUUCAAAGAUGGACAAAUCUUGAAAUAUUAGAAAUUCAAGGCAGUGGUUUAAGUGGGCCAAUUCCUUCUGAAAUUUCAUUUCUGCAAAACUUAAAUGAUUUGAGAAUUACUGAUUUGAUUAAUGGAUCAGAUUCCACUUUCCCACAAAUUAAUAAUAUGACAAAGUUGAAAACACUGAUACUAAGGAAUUGCCAAAUUAAUGACGAAUUACCUCCAUAUCUUGGAAGCAUGACAAACAUUGACAAUCAUAAUAUGCAAACCUUAGACCUAAGCUUUAACAAAUUAAGGGGAGAGAUUCCAGAGACUUUUGAAAACCUAUCAAAAGUGGGCAACGUAUAUUUCACUGGAAACCUACUUAGUGGGCCCCUACCAGCGUGGAUAGCAGCAGUUAAUUCUAUAGAUCUUUCAUACAACAACUUCACCGAUAAAAACUCCACCGUGGCAUGCCAAGAGAUUGCAGGAGUGAACUUGUUUGCAAGCUUCCCAAUGAGCCAAAAUGGACCUGUUACUUGUCUGACAACAGCAAACUGUACAAGAUCCUUUGACUAUUUCCAUAUAAAUUGUGGUGGUGGACAAGAGACAAGCAGUGAGGGUAUACUAUAUGAUGAUGACGUGGAUUCAUCAGGGGCAGCAAGAUCAGGGGCAGCAACAUCUAUAAAGCUCAAAGAAAACUGGGCAUUUAGCAAUACCGGUCAUUUCUUGGGUGGUAAUAAUAAAGAAGACUAUAUUCAGCAAAGUCAAAAGACGCUUUCUAUGACUGAUUCCGCAUUGUAUCAGACAGCACGUGUAUCUCCCAUUUCCUUGACUUAUUACGGAAUGUGUCUGGAAAAUGGAGAGUACACAGUAUCACUGCAUUUUGCAGAGAUCAUGUUCACUGAUGAUAACACAUAUAGCAGUCUUGGAAGACGUAUAUUUGAUGUUUACAUUCAGGGAAAGCUAGAAUUGAAGGAUUUCAAUAUUGCAAAUGAAGCAGGAGGAGUUGGGAAGAACAUCACAAAAAGAAUUUCAACUACUGUUAGUAAUAACUCUUUAGAGAUUCGAUUUUAUUGGGCUGGAAAAGGAACAACUGCUAUCCCAUAUAGAUCAGUAUAUGGGCCUCUUAUAUCAGCUAUAUCUGUCACUCGUGUAAACAGUUCCAGAACAGAUUCAGGUGGCAUGGCUAUAGGGGUUGCAAUUGGGAUAGCAGUUUCUGCAAUAAUAUUAGUCAUACUGGUUGUACUUGCCUGGAGACUUCAUAUUGGCAAAAGAAAUUCAUUAGCAAAAGAGUUAAAGCAUUUGAAUUUGCAAAUGGGAUUAUUUCCUAUGCGUAAAAUCAAAGUUGCAACGAAUAACUUUGAUAUUUCUAAUAAAAUCGGGGAAGGAGGCUUUGGUCCUGUCUACAAGGGUACUUUAUCAGAUGGCACAAGAAUAGCAGUUAAGAUGCUUUCAUCAAAGUCUAAGCAAGGGAACCGUGAGUUUAUAAAUGAGAUAGGGUUGAUUUCAGCUUUGCAACACCCUUGUCUUGUUAAACUUUACGGUUGUUGUGUUGAGGAAGAUCAGUUGUUGCUAAUAUACGAAUAUAUGGAAAAUAAUAGCCUUGCACAUGCUUUANUUUUUAUAUAUUUACCUCCCAUUGGUUUUUUCUUAGUUUCUGAAUUGCACUUUACAUGUAUUUAUAGAGAUCUUUCAUACAACAACUUCACCGAUAAAAACUCCACCGUGGCAUGCCAAGAGAUUGCAGGAGUGAACUUGUUUGCAAGCUUCCCAAUGAGCCAAAAUGGACCUGUUACUUGUCUGACAACAGCAAACUGUACAAGAUCCUUUGACUAUUUCCAUAUAAAUUGUGGUGGUGGACAAGAGACAAGCAGUGAGGGUAUACUAUAUGAUGAUGACGUGGAUUCAUCAGGGGCAGCAAGAUCAGGGGCAGCAACAUCUAUAAAGCUCAAAGAAAACUGGGCAUUUAGCAAUACCGGUCAUUUCUUGGGUGGUAAUAAUAAAGAAGACUAUAUUCAGCAAAGUCAAAAGACGCUUUCUAUGACUGAUUCCGCAUUGUAUCAGACAGCACGUGUAUCUCCCAUUUCCUUGACUUAUUACGGAAUGUGUCUGGAAAAUGGAGAGUACACAGUAUCACUGCAUUUUGCAGAGAUCAUGUUCACUGAUGAUAACACAUAUAGCAGUCUUGGAAGACGUAUAUUUGAUGUUUACAUUCAGGGAAAGCUAGAAUUGAAGGAUUUCAAUAUUGCAAAUGAAGCAGGAGGAGUUGGGAAGAACAUCACAAAAAGAAUUUCAACUACUGUUAGUAAUAACUCUUUAGAGAUUCGAUUUUAUUGGGCUGGAAAAGGAACAACUGCUAUCCCAUAUAGAUCAGUAUAUGGGCCUCUUAUAUCAGCUAUAUCUGUCACUCGUGUAAACAGUUCCAGAACAGAUUCAGGUGGCAUGGCUAUAGGGGUUGCAAUUGGGAUAGCAGUUUCUGCAAUAAUAUUAGUCAUACUGGUUGUACUUGCCUGGAGACUUCAUAUUGGCAAAAGAAAUUCAUUAGCAAAAGAGUUAAAGCAUUUGAAUUUGCAAAUGGGAUUAUUUCCUAUGCGUAAAAUCAAAGUUGCAACGAAUAACUUUGAUAUUUCUAAUAAAAUCGGGGAAGGAGGCUUUGGUCCUGUCUACAAGGGUACUUUAUCAGAUGGCACAAGAAUAGCAGUUAAGAUGCUUUCAUCAAAGUCUAAGCAAGGGAACCGUGAGUUUAUAAAUGAGAUAGGGUUGAUUUCAGCUUUGCAACACCCUUGUCUUGUUAAACUUUACGGUUGUUGUGUUGAGGAAGAUCAGUUGUUGCUAAUAUACGAAUAUAUGGAAAAUAAUAGCCUUGCACAUGCUUUAUUUAGAAAUGAAGAAUGUUGUAUGCGAUUGGAUUGGGCAACCAGGUACAAGAUUUGUGUUGGUAUAGCUAGAGGUUUGGCUUUCCUACAUGAAGAAUCAAGAUUAAAAGUUGUUCACAGAGACAUAAAGGCUACUAAUGUGUUGUUAGACAAAGAUCUAAACCCUAAGAUAUCUGAUUUUGGUCUUGCAAAGCUUGAUGAUGAGGAUAAUACCCACAUAAGCACAAGAAUAGCUGGGACUUAUGGAUAUAUGGCACCAGAAUAUGCUAUGCAUGGUUAUUUAACUGAUAAAGCAGAUGUCUAUAGUUUUGGAGUGGUUGCCUUGGAAAUUGUAACUGGAAAGAAUAAUACCAUCCCUCGACCCAAGCAAGAAGCAUUGCAUCUUUUAGAUUGGGCACGUUUGUUGAAAGAGAAAGGGAAUCUGAUGGAGCUUAUUGAUGGAAGGUUAGGAUCAAAUUUCAAUGAAAAAGAGGUUAUGAUGAUGAUAAAAGUGGGUCUUCUGUGCACAAAUGCCACUGCAAACCUUAGACCUACCAUGUCAUCAGUACUUAGCAUGCUUGAAGGAAAAGCUGUGAUACCAGAAUUUAUUUUAGAUUCAUCUGAAAUAAUGGAUGAAAAGAAGCAAGAGGUUAUAAGACAAUAUUACUCUCAAAUGGAAGAAACUGAUAGCAGUGAAACCCAUGGAAAUAGUUCAUCAAAAGAUGGGCCAUGGACUGCUUCGUCUUCAUCAGCUGCAGAUUUAUAUCCUCUUCAUAUUGAUUCUUCUUAUUGGGAGAAAAGAAAUUAG